AUGGGGGACCUCGACGAUACCGUCGCUUCCCCCUCCGGGACUAGCCUCCUCGGCUUCAUCCUUGCCGAAAUAGAUGCGAAUGCCAUCCUAGUUCUCAAUACUAGGGGCGUGAGGGUUGGUUACCUCAAGGCCACAGCUGCCCGAGUCUUGGCCCCACUUAUCGACUCUCAGCUCAUCUUCGUUGAGGCCAUUGUGCCCCGAGUUCCUCGCGUGCGAAAAUUGAUUUUCGUCGAGUCUCAAAUUCACGUAGUUGCCAGAGUCGCUGACUUUGAGCAUGUUAAGUCGGCAAUCUUGAGAGGCAACUUGAUGCUCAUCCCGCCCGCGGGGAAGGAGGUGAGAAGUGUGGACAAGAGUUUCACGCUGGUCGGCCGUAAUGUUAGGAAGAAGGCGAAGCCGGAGGCCUUGGAGCCUCCGACGGAGAUCAUAAUGACCCAUCUCUUGGAGCACCAGAAACAGGAGUUGGGUUGGUUGGUUCAUAUGGAGAAUACCGGGGAAUUGCCUCCCAAAUCAUUGAGUAUCUUGAGAAAAAUAUGA